AACAAAUUGACAGCUGUUUGUUAACGCGCGUGUUUUCGUUUUCGGCCGGGAGCGUAUUGAAAACUCAGUGAUUCUACUUAACAUUCUACUUAAAUUGUCGGAAUAUUACAAUGAACUUCUCUUUUGGGACACCCACAACUACAACCGCCUCCACGGGCGGGUUUUCCCUCGGCGCACCAGCCACCAGUACCGCUGCGACCGGAUUCUCCUUCGGUACAACACCAACGUUCGGUGCAACCGGUGCGUCCGCACCAGCACCAACCCUGUCGCUGAAUCCUUCAGCAGCAACAACAACACCAGCCCCCGCCGCUGGUGGACUGGGAACGCUUUCGUUUGGAGCGUCACUUGGGAAUGCCGGUACAGCCGCUACCGCUUCAUCUACGGCGACAGCUGCUCAACCAACGGCGGCAGCACUACCAACGUUUGGUUCGUUGGGAGGAACACCACAGCUUGGGGCGGGAUUAUCAGCAACAUCAGCCUCUCUAACUCCGGCUAACGCUAACCAACCAACCGGUGGAUCAGCAACCGGCAUCAACCCGCUCGGGGGGUCUCUCACCCAACCGGCUACAACAACAACGGCAGCAGCUCCACUAACUCUCGGUGGAUUCGGGCUGUCCAAGCCAGCGGAACAAAACACUCUUACUUUGGGCGCCACAACCACGACCACGACCACUCCAGCUGCUACCACAAACACAGCAGCAACCACUACGGGAGCGAGUUCCGGGUUAGCCGCUAGCCUGACGACCAACACACAAACAACGCAGUCGGCAACCGUAGCAGGGAAUCAGCAGCUUAAGUUUUUCCAGCUCGAAGAGUUCAUCAACAAAUGGACACUAGAACUAGAGGAGCAAGAGAAGCUUUUCACUAACCAGGCCACGCAGGUGAACGCCUGGGACAACAUGUUGCUCGCAAACGGUGAAAAGAUCGUCGCUCUGAACGAAGCAGUCAUGAAAGUGAAAGCAGAGCAGAACGCAAUGGAACAAGAGCUAGAGUUCAUCACGGCCCAGCACACCGAGCUCGAGGAGUGCAUCGUUCCGCUCGAGCAGGAGCUAUCCCGGAUCGGGCAAAUAGAUCUGGAGCGUGGUCAAACGUACUCGAUGGCGGAAACAUUGGACUCGCAGCUGAAGCAGAUGUACGAGGAUCUGAAGGAGGUGAUUGAGCAUCUGAACGAUGCGAACAAGUACACCGAUCCGAACGAUCCGCUCGUGCAGAUUGGCAAAAUUCUAAACGCACACAUGAACUCGCUGCAAUGGAUUGAAUCGUCCACCACGGGCAUAACGAAUCGGCUGGAGGAGAUUAACAAGAUGCACGAAACAUUGCGUAAAGACAACGAGCGUUCCUUCCGCCUCACGUACUACGAUCAGUGAGAGUGCGUGGCCAGAAAUGGUGUGGUAUUAAAUAGGGCUUUAUUACAAUACUUUGAAUAAUGAAACAUAAAAUAAAUUCGUUCUAAUGAUGCGCGCCACGAUGAAAAUAC